CAUGUAUAGUUAUUGUAUGUUUUACAUUAAAUUUGAGUUAUUUUCUUUGUCUUAUUGGCAGAAUUGAAAGCCAACCAGGCAGGUCACAACCGCAGUAUAACCAACGUGCUGUAACCGAAGCAGCACAACAUUUUAUGUCCUUGGUGGCCAGAGUUAUCCCUGAGGAAAAUGCAAGACAGGGUCAGACUCAGAGCCAGAUCCAGCAGUCAGUAAGACCUACUGUGGAACAUGAAAUGACUAGAUCUUUUCCUGGAUUUUUUAAAAAUGCUGGCAAAAAUAAAAGACAUCUUGCCAGAAGUCAAAGGCCAACAGUACCAGCAAAAGCGCAGAAAACGUUUGAUUGUUCUGUGUCUUUGCUGGGCUCUAAAUCUGAUACAACCCCGUCUAUAUCUGAAGAGCUGGAGCUCAUGCAAGCAGGGCUAGGAAAGAGGACCCUGUCCUUGACAUCGGAUACAACACAUGCAGAGUUAUCAAGUUUGCUGCGGGAAGCGUACUCAAAGAUGAACGAUUUGGAAGACAGGUGGCUUCUUUUCAAAGCUGCAGGUGGGAAUGGAAGGAGAAGAAUAUCUGUAAUACCAUUGGAGGCAGAGGGGUAUACAGGAUCAGUGAUCAAAAGUGCUUCUAAUGGUGGGAAGAACUUGCUGUACGUCGUGCCGUUGCAGGAUGAGCUUGACAUGACACCACUGCCACCAGAUGCACCUGAAUUUGCCCGAAUGCCAAAGGCAACUUGUAAAAAAUGCAAGACUCUGAUGCCACUUCAGACACUGGCUUUGCAUGUUGACCAGUGUGACAGCAUGCACAACUCAGAAAACUCUGAAAUUGAGGAAGAUUUGGUGUUUAUAGAGGAGACAACAUCAUCUAAUGAUAUACAUCACCCUCAGGAGGCACUUGAGGCCCAGUGCCCAAUAUGCACAGGAACCUUUCCAGUUUCUGACUUAGAAUUGCAUGCCAGCUUUUGUGGAGAAAGUCCAGAUGGAGUGCCAGAAAAAAUACCCUGCUCUGAUUUGGAUCAUAUCUCAUGUGAGGAGGAUGUGAUUCGUCAUGCAGCAGCACAGAUAAAUACCACAAAGACCUUUGAAAUCUGUGUGUCACGAGACAACAUGGUUGAGAGAGGUCUGAAGCUGUGGAAACGUCAAAAAACGGGAAGCCCUGUCAAUCCCCUGAAAAUAAUCUUCCUGGGAGAGCCAGGAGUUGACACAGGGGCACUGAGGAAAGAGUUUCUGUCCACUAUGGUUGCUGGCAUUGAAAAACGUCUCUUUGAAGGUGAUGCGAAGAAAGGGAAAACACCGAAGUACUCCCUCAAUGAUCUGGAUAAUGAGCUGUUCAAAGUUGCAGGUGAAAUAUUUGCUGUGAGCAUUGCGCAAGGAGGACCGGCACCACGAUUUAUGCAAGAAUGGUGUUACGAAUACCUUGUUACUGGUAACAUCAAAAGGGAUGGUGUAUAUGACACAGAGAUAUCACCACUAAUCAAAAUGAUUGAAGAAGCAUCUGACCUGUCCAACUACACAAAAGAUAUCCUGGACUGUGGCUACACUGGACUGAUAGACAUUGACCACAAGGAAAGCAUAUUAAGAGCUCUUUCUCUACACAUUACAACAAAACGCAUCCCAAUGCUGCAACAACUGCGUGAGGGCCUUGAGAUAUACGAUCUGAUCAAAGUCAUGCAGAAAAAGCCACAGGAGUGUCAUGAUCUCUUCGUCAUAGGAUAUAAUGACAAAGUUGACUCCCAUUACAUUUUAUCCCACCUGGCCCCAGAGAUGAGCCCAACUGGUUCGAUUAAACAAGUGAAAGAGUCCAAAAUCAUGGAAUUCUUUCAAGACUUCCUACUUGAACUUGAAGACACUCAACCAGAAGAUGCGACAGCUGGAGAAACCUUGUCUGUACCAAAUAUAAUGCAGUGGAUGACUGGGCAAGCUCACAGGCAUCUGCUUGUAUCAGAAAGGGAAAAGUUUAAAAUGGUGUUUAAAUUUGACCAUUGCUGUCUACAGCACAUGCCAGACCACACUGUGUGUUACCCAAUUGUCAGUGCUUGCACUAAUACCAUAACAUUUCCCGUAGUCCAUAUGGAAGAUUACGAGUCUUUCAAAACAAUCUUGCAAACUGCUGUUACAUAUGGGGCAAGCUUUGACAGGGUGUAGAACAUUUCCUGGAAUUGUUGUAAAACUUUGUAUUUGGUGGGCAUUUCUUAAAAAUGAAUUAAAAAAAAUCUGCCUAUUGCUUGUGGGAGCCACAAACAGGUUUUAAUAAGAAACAAGUUCCUUAUUGCAAAACAGAAUUUAUUUUUGACGUUUUCUCAUUGAAGGCAAAAUGCUUAAUAAAUUACA